AUGGGAUGUGCACCAUCAAUUGGACCUCCAACAGCGAUAAAACCAGCCGAGCAUAUGGAAACAAAUCAUAAUCGUAUAUUUACAAUUGACGAAAGACUAAAAUUAAAAGAAGUAUGGGUAUUAGUUAAACAAAAUAAUUUAAAAAAAUUAGGUGAGGAUAUUGUAGCAAGAGCAUUAGAAAAAAAUUCAUCAUUAAUUAGUUAUUGGCAAAAUGCACUUAUUAUUGAUCAAAGAAAUAAUUUAACAUUUGCUGAGAAUGAUUCAAUGUUAGAUACAGAUUUAAUAUGGAAACAAUGGUAUAAACAACAUGGUUAUAAAAUUCUAGAUAAAAUUGAUCAAUUAAUUAUGAUUAUGGUAACACGUGUGACAACACCAAAUAGUAAUGAUAGUAUACUUGAUGAAUAUUUUCAUCGUAUAGCUGAAAAACAUGUACAAUAUAAAAUAAAACAAGAUCAUGUUGAUAUCAUAUGUGAAUGUUUUAUUGAUUGUUUAAAAAAUUUAAUGUAUCAAAAUCGAAAUGAAUGGACAAUAAAACAUGAAUUAACAUGGAUAAAAUUAUUUACUUUAAUAACAAAUCAAUUUAUAUCACCAACAUCAACCAAAACUAUAUCAUGA